CCAGCAGCCAACGAGCCACCGAGGAUUAAGUCACCCACCCACAACAGCAUGAUGAAACUGAUACUGUCCCUGCUCUCCCUUUGUGCCUUGGCAGCAGCUCGUCCUGGCUUCCUGCACGGCCACCAUCACCACUAUCCGGAGUAUCCUUUAUAUCCGCAUCACCAUCAUCAUGUGGAGCCACUGCAUGUGGCCAAGAUUGUCCACCUGCCCGCCGCCGUCUCCCACCAAAGCUCCACGGUGGUGCACAGUGUCCCCCAUCACAUCAUCAAGCCAGUGAUCCUGCCCACAGUGGUGAAGACGGUGGUGCAUCCUCCCAUCCUCAAGGCUUAUCAUCCUGCGCCGCUCAUCAAGGCCUAUCAUCCUUACGAUCCUUUCCACCUGCAUCACCACCAUCACGAUUUCCAUGAUUUCCAUCACUAUUAA